CGGUAACGCAAAUUCAAUCUGAUGAUAAACUAAAGAUUUCGAAAGCUUUAAAGCAAUAAUUGCCACAAGUUGUACCAUCUAGAAAGAUCUCAUUUGGAAGUUAUUUGUGACUGAUAGAUUGACAGAAAUAAUUUGUUUGAAGCGGAUAAAGAUUAUCAUUAAAAAAUUAAAAGAAUUUAUGCACGCGCAAAAUCCCCAAUACAAACUGACUUGGAAUUCCUUGAUCACAACAAAAGAACAAACAUAAACUUCAAAAUGUAAACAAAAAUUUGAGCUUUCAAUUGAGUGAUCUCUGACCUAAGUAAUCUGCUUUAUCACUGAGAAUGAAUAUUAAGAAGAUUAAAAAUGAUAUUCACAAAAUUUCGUACACUAAGAUUAUUUCUCAAAAUGAUUUCGAACGUCGCAGUUGUGCUGAAAUUUUUGGUCAUUCUUUUUGCGAUAACGCAAAUUCAAUCUGGUCAUUUAGUAGAAGGGCCAAACGCUGAGAACCAGUGUGGUGUAUCCUUAAGUGCUAGUGGAUUAAUGUACAAUGGAAAAGUGGUGAAAAGAAGUCAGUGGCCGUUCUUGGUGGUAUUGAUGUAUACUGCGGAUGGGAAGUUUUUCUGUGGCGGAACUCUCAUUUCACGUAGUCACGUCCUAACAGCUGCACAUUGCCUUCAAGAAAAAAGUCAGGAAACACCUCUAACACCAUCAGAAUUUGUUUUGCAUCUCGGAAAAUAUAAUUUGAGUGCUCUCUAUGAACGUGGUUCAAUCACAGUUUUUCCAGAAAAGAUAAAAAUUCAUCCUAAUUGGAACAUUCAUCAAGAGAAAUAUGAUUCAGACAUUGCAUUAAUUAAAAUUGUUGGAAAUGUCCCAUUAAGAUCAAAUAUUUAUCCUGCGUGCUUAUGGACGUCUGCAUUAGAAAUGAAAAAUGCUCCAACUGGAACUGUUAUCGGCUGGGGAGCUACUGAAGAUCAAUUGACAACCCAAAAUCAAUUAAUUCCAAGACAAAUCGAACUCAAAAUUGUAACAAAUGAAGUUUGCUAUGAAGAUGAAUUUAUGGGAAGUUUAAUUUCAAGUCGCACAUUUUGUGCUAUCGGUGAAAAUGGAAGUGGACCAUGUAAAGGUGACAGUGGCGGUGGUUCAUAUAUGAAGGAUAAUUCUAAAUGGUUUAUUAAAGGAAUAUUUUCGUCUUCACUUUUCACGGACGAAGGAAUGUGUGACGUUGAACGUUAUUCGAUCUUCACUGAUGUUUCCAAAUUUUCAAAUUGGAUAGCUAAGGAAAUGGACAUUGAAACUGAUAUGACGUGCAAGGCAUAUGAAACAAAAUUGAAGUACAUUCAAAGAAGUGAUUUUAGCGGAUUUCAAUUUUUGACAAUCAUAAUUAUGGCUAAAAACGAAAUUGUUAAUAUUCCAGCAGACACCUUUUAUGAUGUACCAGGCUUAGAACUGUUAAAUCUUCAUGGAAAUCAGAUUGCUUCAUUUGACGUCGAUUUGUUCAUCAAAAGUCCCAAAUUAGUAGAAUUUUUUGCUUACAAGAAUCAAAUUGAAUAUCUCGAUGGUCGACUUUUUAGAAAAAACUUCUAUUUGGAGGAAAUCCACAUGGAUUUUAAUAAACUUAAGCAUAUCGAUGUGGAAUUGUUUACACCUUUGGAGAGGUUGAUAUCAGCUGACUUUCGUCACAAUACUUGCAUUUCAGAAUAUUUUCCUGAAACUAAAGAUUUCGAAAGCUUCAAAGCUAUAAUAGUGACAAAUUGUAGUAUCUAG